AGGUGGUCACGAAUCAUCCCAACCCAACCCAAUUACCCACUCUGAAUAGAAAGAAAGAGAGAAAUGGGUUCUUCAUCAUCGUCGGAGGAGGAAGCCUUCCUAUUUGCGAUGCAAUUGGCAAGCGCGUCUGUGUUACCCAUGGUGUUGAAGUCCGCCAUCGAGCUGGAUUUGCUGGAGACCAUUGCAAAAGCCGGCCCUGGUGCUUACGUCUCAACUGCUGACCUGGCGGCUCAGCUCCCCAAGGCCGACAACCCGGAGGCACCCAUCAUGCUCGACAGGAUCUGCCGCCUCUUAGCCAGCUACAACGUGCUCGCCUGCAACCUCAACCGCAAGGAUGAUGGCUCUGUUGAACGUCUCUACGGUCUGGCACCCGUCUGUAAGUUCUUGGUGAAGAACCAAGACGGUGUUUCCUUGGCACCUCUCUUGCUCAUGAACCAGGAUAAGAUUCUUAUGGAGAGCUGGUACCAUCUGAAAGAUGCAGUGUUGGAUGGUGGAAUCCCUUUCAACAAGGCAUACGGAAUGACGGCCUUUGAGUAUCACGGGAAAGAUCCGAGAUUCAACAAGGUUUUCAACGCCGGCAUGUUUAAUCACUCCACCAUGACCAUGAAAAAGAUCCUGGAUAUCUACGACGGCUUCGACAACCUGAGCACCCUGGUGGAUGUGGGGGGAGGGACCGGUGCCAGCCUGAGCAUGAUCGUCUCCAAACACCCUUCCAUCAAGGGCAUCAAUUUUGAUCUGCCACAUGUGAUCGAGGAUGCCACUAGUUAUCCCGGUGUAGAGCAUGUGGGUGGGGACAUGUUUGAGAGCGUCCCUAAAGGAGAUGCCAUUUUCAUGAAGUGGAUCUGUCAUGACUGGAGCGAUGCCCACUGCAUCCAGUUCCUGAAAAACUGCUACAAAGCACUGCCAGAGAAUGGGAAAGUGAUCGUGGCUGAAUGCAUCCUCCCAGAGGCGCCUGACUCCAGCCUAGCCACCCAAAACGUGGUACACAUAGACGUCAUCAUGUUGGCUCACAACCCCGGAGGCAAAGAGAGGACCGAGAAAGACUUUGAGGCAUUGGCAAAGGGGGCCGGAUUCAGUGGAUUUCGCAAAGCCUGUUGCGCUCUCAAUACCUGGGUUCUUGAGUUCACCAAGUAGAUGAGAUGACCAUUGCUCAUCUCAUCUUCUUCUUGUUUCAAUUCUGUUUCUCCUUUUAUUUUUUGUGUGUCUAAACUUACAUUGCAAUGUAAUAAUAAUAAUAAUAUCAAAUAUAAACCAACAUUUUAUUAUA